AUGAACCUACCAGAGCCUUCAGUAGGGGACGAGAAUCUAAAAACGGAAUGCUUCUUCUGCGGUAAAAUGAGACGCUACAUGUUCACUCACCUGGAGAGAGCCCACAAAGACCUGAUGAUUAAGAAGUGCGAAAGCAACGUUUGUUUCAAGUACUUUGAAACUGAAAUCAAGAAAAAGAUGCAUUUUAGCAUUUUCCACCAAAAUACGCAUAAGCCGCCGCUCAAGUACGAUUGUCAGUACUGCGCAGACGCGUCGUUCAGCGACCCCGUUUGCUACAUUUGCCACAUGCGCAGGGUCCACCCGGAAAUUGCAUUGAAAUGCUCUGUGCGUAACUGCGUUUUUAUUUUCAAAACGGACGAAGAGGUGAACGCCCACCUCGACGCGGUGCACGUUGUCCGCGAGCAAGGGGACGUCUUCCGCUGUCAUUCGUGCGACUUCAAGAGCAACGUCUGCACCAACCUUGUGGAGCACUUGAGCAAAAAUCACCUGGCGGUGAAGAUAAUCGAGUGCCCUACCUGCGCUGAGGUGUUCUUCAACCUGAGCGACCUGAAACGCCACGAGAAAGUGGCGCACAGGUGGAUGGUGUGUUCCUACUGCAAACAGCCCGUGGAAACUCUGAAAAUGGACAAGCACGUGAACCACGAAUGUCCAGAGUGCAUGAAUACGCUGCUCUGCGCCGGAUUUUUGAAGAAACACUUGCCAAAGUGCCACGGAAAAAAUAAGAUUCUCCGCAACAAGCUCAAACGUAAAUUGAAGGUCAAACGUUAUAAAAAGAGGAGCAGCCUCAAGAAGUUGAAGAGUGAAAAUAACCGUGCAGAAGGUGGGGCACCACAUAAGAAGGAUUCCCUCAAAGUUUCAAAAGCUCCAGCGGAAACUUUUCACUGCAACAGAACCUAUAAGUUGCGCAGUGAUGAUAAAACUUUUACGUUGUAA